AUGUUCACCCUGAUUUAUCUUUUAUCAACGACUACUUCAGCAAUACAAAUCCCAGAAAACUCCCUUGAAUCUAAUUUAAUUGUUAAUUAUCACAAUUCGAUUCGAAGUUUAUUUGCGAAAGGUGAAAUAUUUGCACCAAAACCGCCAGCUGCAAAUAUGCAAAAAAUGGUAUGGGAUUCAGGAUUGGCAAUGUUUGCAGAGCAACAUGUUUUGGUGAAACCAACCAUAAAUCCGAAAUUGCCCGGAACAAGUUUUUUCUAUCGAAGUCAUAUAAACGAUCUGAAAAUGACAAUUCAUGAAGCAUUGUUUGUAUGGGAAUCUGAAUUGUUUGAAAAAUCAUGGGAACCUAACACAUCUAUUAAUUUUGAUUCUUUAUCAAAUGGUCUUCAGAUGAUAUGGGCAAAAACAAAUAAAAUUGGAUGUGCAUUUGAUGAAUGGACAAGUCCUUCGAAUAAUCAAAAUCACACGAUUUUUGUAUGUCGAUAUGGAGAGAAAAUUGGAAAAGCAAAAAAUAGUGGGAGAGAUAAAACAAUAUAUUUGGAAGGGAAAUAUUGUUCAAAAUGUCCGAUUAACAAUGAAUGUGAAAAAAGUUCAGGACUCUGUAUUGAAAAAUAA